AUGGCGAGACGAGAUAAUUUUCGUCAACGUGGUCGUCAAUCAUCCUCUACGUCAAUUACAUCGACUCAUUCAGUCGAGCGAAUUGCUUCACUCCAGAAUGAAAAUUAUACUGCAUUUUCUCAUGCAAAAUCGGUACAAGAAGCCUGUAGAUGCUUUGAUCUAACUCAUGAACAACUUUUGGAGAUUAUGGCUCGUAUGGAUGCUCAUUAUGAUGAAGGGUUACGUUCAGAAACUGCAAGACAGGCAACAGUAAAGAUGUUACCGGCCUAUAUUCGUGACGUUUCUGUUGGUCAAGAACGUGGAAAAUUUUUGGCUCUCGACUUGGGUGGUACUAACUUUCGAGUUUUGUUGAUUGAACUUAAAGGAGAAAAGCAUUCUUCUAUGCAAAGCAAAAUUUAUCGAAUUCCUGAUAGAGUGAUGAAAGGGACUGGUGUUGAGCUUUUCGAUCACAUUGCCGCUUGUUUGGCCAAAUUUGUGGUGGAUUUUGAAUUGUCUAAACUCGAAACGAAAUUGCCUCUUGGCUUUACAUUUUCUUUUCCCUGUCAACAAGAAGGGCUUACUUCUGCUAUUUUAGUAAAUUGGACAAAGGGAUUUAAUGCCUCCGGCGUUGUUGGUAAUGACGUUGUUCAAAUGCUUCGUGAAGCUUGUCAACGUCGAGGUGAUAUUGACGUUGAUGUUGUUGCUGUUCUUAAUGAUACAACUGGAACAAUGCUUGCCUGUUCAUUCUUUAAGGAGCAUUGCUAUAUUGGUGUUAUUGUUGGGACUGGUUGUAAUGCUGCUUAUAUGGAAUCACUUGACAAAAUAUACAAAUUGCAGGGAAAAGUUUUUCCAGAAAAAGAUGGUCUUCCAAACGAAAUGUGUGUAAACACUGAAUGGGGUGGAUUUGGAGAUGAUGGGGCACUCGCCGAUUUCCUUACAAUUUAUGACACACAACUGGAUGAGAACAGCAUAAAUCCAGGAAGACAACGAUUUGAAAAAACAAUUUCUGGAAUGUAUUUGGGAGAAUUAGUUCGACUUGUACUUGAAGACCUUACAAGAAGAGGAUUGAUUACCACCUUUCCUAUUAAUGAUAUUUCUCAACCUGGAUUUAUUCCAACUAAAUUGGUUUCUGAUAUCGAAGGUUUUGUAAAGGAUCAUGCUAGUCCAUUCGGAAAAAUUAAUGAUUUGCUGUUGGAUAAAGGUGUUGACGACCUUUCCACUGGUGAUUGUGCAAAUAUUGCUUAUGUUUGUUCAAUGGUUAGCACACGUGCUGCACAUUUGUGUGCUUGUGGAAUAGCUUCACUUUUAAAACGUGUAAUAUCCAGAAAAGUUGCAGUCAAGAAUGAAAGAGGUGAAAGUCCAGAAAUGACUGUUGGUGUUGAUGGUUCUGUUUUUCGUUUUCAUCCAAAUUUUGAACAUUUAUUAAAUAUAAAAAUACAUGAAUUACUUGAUGGACAAUUGAAUGGAUGGAAGAUUGUUUUGGCACUUAGCGAAGAUGGAAGUGGUCGUGGAGCCGCUGUAGCUGCUGCUGUUGCUACAAGAAUGAGUCGAAUAAUGAAAGAGAAAAAAGAACUUGAACAAGCUUCGGAAGGAACGGAAGAAGCACCAGCGUCUUCACCGAGUAAUGUCGAAACGACAUCACAACAAGCAGGACCAACAUCUUCAACAUCAGGUCCAACACAGACAUCAACAACAACGACCAUAGGAAAUGGUCAUUAA